CUUCUCUCUCUGCCUUCCACCCAACACCCACACACCAUCCUGCCCUUACAUCUCUCACCCGACCCUCUCUGUGUGUCUCACGUCACAAUCUCAAAAGCAUGCGUUGGCGACCUCCAACCCAUGUCGAAGAUCCUAGGAGUGAGACUUGUGGACGUCUCCCGAAUUUCAAAUUGUUUGCAGUUCUCCUGCCGUCCCUCCGUCGAAAUGCCCCGGCUCAUCAAACGGAGUCGGAAGUCAAACUGGCUUCAGGCGAUGCCCUGAUGCCCCUGCCUAUUGCCAACCGCUGUGCUAGCUGCACGAGCCCUGGAUGAUAUAUAUAUGCCAUCCCUCUUCACCUUGUCCGAUCCGUCCCUGCGUAUCCUCGAGCCACAUGCCUCGCCGAAAGAAGUUGAUCACUGUCAACCUGAGUUCUGGGGGUUUAUACUCCAGCCAUACCACCGAUGACGUCUGUACACUUGACGUCCUCGCCCGGAAAUAUGAGGAGGCCUUGUUGGAAACCCGUCCCACGACGUUGUAUGCACCGAAUACUAUCUACCACGUCGACCGCCUUCAGCGCCUCUUCGAGGAAUACUGUGACAAGUUCCAGCUUGAUCCACAAGAGACCCUGCGCGAGUGCGCCACGGCUCGGAUGGAGAACUUCCUACAUUGGUUGCUCCGGACCUACACCAUCAAGAAAACCAGUACGCUGACGACCUACUGGCGGCAAUUGAGUCAGCUGUACAUUAUGUGGACACAGCGUCGGAUGGACCCGGCUGUCAUGAGGCAAAUCUUCGUGGUACGUAAAACAAGCAACGUUGUAUGCCGCCAGAUCGCUGAAGCUACAGUUCAUUGAAGGGCCAUUGACGGAAGAAUAUGGCCUGGACAAUGAGGAGAUCGAGAAGCCUCUCAUGGAGGCGGACGAUUUCGUCGAGCUCAUCCGUUACCACUGGGCCUCGGAUAUCAACUGGUUUCCCAAUGAACGGCAACGACUCCAGUUGGCGGCGAUUCUGUUGCUGGCAGCGUUCACCGGGUCUCGACCUCAAGCCCUGUUGGACUUGACCUACGGCGACCUGGACCUCUACAUCGAGAAGGACGCCGAGACUCGUGUCGACAUGCUGCGCUUGGGGGUGAAAUUGACCAAGACUAAGUCCCGCCAGAAGCGGAAACGACCGAAAACGUACACCUUCAAUUUGGACGACAACCCAAUCUUCUGUGUCACCACCCACAUUGUCAGCUUGGCCUUCGAUGACUCGGCUUUCGGGCCGCCCGAUCUGAAGUCACCCGAUAUUCUGUUCCGUCUCCGGGCGCGGCGGGAAAAGGGAUGUCAGCCGAUCCCAUGGAGUAAGGAGAUGCUUGACGUGCCGAUUUUUCGCCGUGCGAUCGCCACCAAGGAAGGCGUCGAGACAUCACCAGACAGAGCUCUGACCUACAACGUCUAUCAAGCGUGGGUCAAGCGUCUAGGUGAGGCGUUGGGUUACCUACAGACAUUGACGACGUACUGCCUCCGCCGAGCUCUGGGCAACGCUAUCAAUGAUGAUCCCAAAUCCAACGCCGCUGUCCGUAACCUUGCCCUAGAUCAUGUUGGAUCUUCCACGAUCUUCGAACGGAAUUAUUUGUCUCGGAUGAUCCGCUACAGUACGCAAGACGCGUUCUGGAACCGGGACGGCGAUCCACAGGCGGCCAAAUCGGCAAGCCGCAUCGGCCGUCUCCGCGAUCCGAACCGGCCAAGAAAGCUAAACAACGAACAGAGUCAGCAGGUUCGACGAUUGCCUUCUGUCCGCCGGCUUCUGGAGUCGCGAGAUCGGGUUCGCGGUCUCAUCGUUCGGGAGUUUGGCCGUCUUCGAAUGGCGAUCGGAGAACCAAUCCAUGCCGAGUACAAGAAGUUGGAACGUAUGGUUAACAGCACGAUUCGAGCCGAGGAACGAGCUCUGUUGAAGGGUAUUCAGCGACAGUACGACGAAACAGCUCCUAUUGAGGCGAUUCAGCGACAGAUCAAAGGAACCUUAGCUGAAGGGCACGAGCUUGCUUCAGGCUCCACCCCGACGCAGAUCCAGAUCCUUGAACGCCGACAGAUCGCGGAAGCGGCCAUGAGCGACCCCGCUGUAUUCACCGGGCCCAAGGCUCUUUCCCGACACAUAAAGUGCUCCACCACCAUGAUCGCGUUAUGUGGACGACGUGAAGGACGGCGUGAAACACGACGUGAAAGACUAUCUAGGAAAUGUUCAAGUUCCACAGGAGAGACAGAUACAGUGACUACUGUAGUCUCUACGCCGACUCUGCCGCUCUCGUCGACGGCCGAAGGCUUCGUGCCGUUGACCUGUCAGGGAUUUCAAUGCCUCUUCUGUCUAUGCAGUAAUCUCCCCCAGGAAGAUCGGGAGAAGCGGUAUGCCGGUAAACACUCCCUCCAGAGACAUACGGAACGCUGUCGCCUACGACACUUUCAAGAGAAGGACCGAAUUCCUUGCCCCGACAAGGUGGCUUGCCGUGGAAUGGUUUUCGAAGGAAAGUCGCAUUUCAAGAACCAUGCCGCCUCGGUACACCUUUUCGUCUUAUGAGCUCUUUCAACCAAUGAUCGAGAUAUUGUUGCAUGCCAACCGGUUGUAUACUUAUGAACAUCGACACGGACUCAAAAAGUCCUUGAUCGUCGAUGGCAUAUGGAGACUAAGCUCGGUGAUCAACAGCUGGGCUUGAUCUCGACGUUGUCUCUCCUCAGUUGACUGUAAUGCUCGCUGCCGAUAAGACGUGGCGCAGUAUUGUUGCCUUCGUGCACGUCCUAGCUCCUGCAGCGGUGUACUUCCGUUUAACAAUCCUCGACACUACGGUACGCUGCAGAUAUCACCUUAGGUGCUAAAAGGCGAAAUCAGAUGUUCGAGCUUAUCUUCGUGGUAGGUGAAACGGACAGGCGAAGAAAGGUCACGCCAACGUUGGAGAGUCGUCGGGGGAUCGAACCACCCAUUGCAACAUGGUCUGAAUCGGUCGGCUGGUUUCGGCAAUGGAGAUAUGGGAAGAUCUGCUCGGAACUGCUGGGUCAUGGUUUUCCAUUGAUGUUGCUUCUGGGUCCUGGGCUUGAACGAUUCCUGAAAAUGUCUACGACAAUCUGUACAAUACGACCGUCAGCAAUCUCAUCCGAGCCAUCCCGGCUACAUCCCGAUAUAUCGGAUUCCGAUUGCACUUAUCGACACAGUCGGCCGUGAACCCAGUGAGAUGGCCAGCUCAUUGUCGUCGGCAUAUGCGCUCCUAGCGUUGUACGGCCUUUGCCAAUUCUUUUCCAACGGUGAGGGCAAACCCUACGAUGAUCAUUGCAGAGGCAAUUAACAUAGCGAAAUAUCAUCGCUGAGAGCUAAUUUCUUUAAUCCUUGGUGAAGAGUAUCCUAUACACCUUCGACUGACAGCGCGUGGUAUCUCGGCCGCUGCGGGAAAAGACGGUACUGUUCUCACUCAGGGCUCAAUUGGACCCCUAAGAAAUGAAACUGGCACAAAUAAGUGUCCGAAUCAUGUCAUGGAAGUUUUCACUUUCUUCAUGCAUUGUGGAGUGCUCACCACCCUGCUGUUCCAGAGACAAGGCAUCAAACGUUGGAGAAGCAGGCAGACUACCACGGUAGCACGGAGGGUGUUGAGGCGUCACCAAUCGAGGACAUGGUCAUUAUAAAGGAGAAAUGAGAAGGGGUGAAAGGACAAUUAUGACAUCGCGUGGUUCAAUCCAAAUUGAAGCGCGGAGACAUGCUAUGGUGAUCAGAACCAAGUCGAAGUUGUGUUGAAACAACCAGGCUAUCAGCUCAGUGGUAACCCGCAGGAGGGCACGGAAUUGCAUAUGCAAUAGCCGAGGACGCCGAUGCCAAUGUCGUUAAAUGGUGAAUCAUCGUCGUCGAGUGACACAGCAAGGUUGCAUUCCCAAAAUUGUUAGAGUACCAAGAAAGUCCAACCUUUUGUGAACCACAGCGAUCCAAGGAUCACUGCCCUGCACUCUUCCAGCGCCCUCCAAUGCCUUAUGAAACCGCCAGUCUGUAUCAAUCAUUUCGGCCACAUUCGAACCAUCGGUGAAUCGAGGUGCCAACCACUCGCUUUCCUAUUCUCUCCCCCCAAAACGGCGGUGACCGCUGAACACCAACAUCCGCCCGACCGUGCCGAAGCGCAGAAUCAGCGAAUACCUCCAAUAUCCCCAGAGUCCGAACAGCCAUUAACAAUGGUGAUCUGAAUGAUACGGCGUCUGAAACCUGAGCGUCAUCCUGACUUUUCCUACUGAUCACUUUCUAUUUCGGCAUCUAUAGAUGAGCCUACGGUCCGUUCCAGAUACCGACCGUUCCUACUCCCGGAUACUGUCCAGCAGCAGGAUUGGGUCAGUAGACUGGAGCUUGCUACAGUGACUGAACUGGUGUACAAAGACCUGAGAAUAACAGGAGACAGGAUUAAUGUUUUGAUAUUAUACGGGAGUCUCUGUCAAAGGUAACAUAACCUGUGAGGUCUACGUGCCGGAGAGAUACUUACUCCGCGUAGUUCUACUAGAAACUUUUCGCCUUUGAAGUCGCCAACAUACUUUGUAGGCUCGGCUGUGACGGGCGUAUCUAUAACCCGCAGGGUUUGCCUGUCAAAGAUGAUGACCAACACAGCCAUCCAAGGUGCAAGAACUUCGAAACCUCAGUCGCUGGAACGAUAGACACUUCUGGAUGUCACCGGAGCAGCAUGGUAAUCUCACUGCCGUCUUCAAGAACCAGAUUGACUGGAUCCCUUUAAGUACUGGAUCGGUGCGACCAACACAGGGACGCACCUUAGAACUGGCAAUGGUCUCUGG